GACCUCCGCAUGGGCCAAUUUCAAGUCCUCCUGACGACAUAUGAGUACAUUAUCAAGGAUCAUCCCAUUCUCAGCAAGAUGAAAUGGGUCCACAUGAUCAUUGAUGAGGGUCAUCGCAUGAAGAACACACAGAGCAAAUUGUCUCAGACCCUCACACAAUACUACCACUCCCGUUAUCGUCUCAUUCUCACUGGUACCCCGCUGCAAAACAACCUCCCUGAGCUUUGGUCCCUGCUGAACUUU